UAAUUUAUUAAUUGGUGUUGGUGAUCGCUGGGGAAUUACAAACACAAGUGUAGCUCUCCCUCACACCGAUAGUCGAACAGUGAGCGCGAGAGAGCAGCGCACUGUGUGGUGGUAUUUGUGAGAACACCUGUGAAACACGCAUACUACCAAAGAUCGGUCGGCUCUCCCGUUUACGUAUACAAGACGAGCCCCCAAUUGGCAAAAGAGCAACUAAAUUUGUGUCACUGUGUGGGUAAAUCUAUAGGAAAAUCGGACACUAGUGCAGAUAUUCUGUCAGAGGCUCCCGCGGAUAGAUGGACGGAACAUUCGCUCAGAAGCCAAAUGGACGGCAACAGAAAAGGAACCCAAAUUGAAAAGAAUUGAUUCACGUACAGUGUUUUCUAUAAUGAAGUCCAACGCUAAAAAUAUCAGUUUAUGGUACACAAUUCUGGUACUUUUCCAUCGGUCUCGAGGUUGUUUGUCAAUAACAAAGUGGAUUUUGUAGCCGAGCGAGAUAGAAGAUAGUUUUGUCGGAGAGCAGAGCAAGAGGGAGAGGCCACGUGCAUGUGACUGAUAAAUAUAUAUAAUACUUAAUAGAUUGAACAUAAACAGAGAGAGGAAGCGAGGAGAGUCGGAGUCGAGAGCGAACCGGGUUAAAUCAGCGAUAGCGCAUCUAGAACUCAUUUGAAUGGGGCAAUGUUAUCGACAUCGGCCGAGAGUUGGCUAUAUAUUCGGCUGCCGUUGUUGCUUUUCAGUUUAGAUUAAGAAGUAUUUCACGCAAAGCACUUUCGUUCCAUUACCAUAAACAGAGCUACAAUGGCAAAGCUUAUGAACGAGAUCUGCGGUCUCAUCGAUUCCUAUGGCGGUCGAGAUGUCCUGAUGGAGGCGCUGUGCCAAAGUGCCAAGUUGCUGGCAGGAUACCAGGCCAACCGGAAUCCCGAUCUGUCCCAACGAUGCGCCACAGUCAGUUCGAAAAUAUCAGGAGCCAGGGCCACUUUCCGCCUCUUCGAGGACCUCCCCGUAUUCCAGUACACCCUGCAGUACGGAUUGGGUGAGGACGAGCCGGAUCGCAUUACGGCCGUACUGGGAGUGAUGUCGAAUGCUGUGGACCUGCACUUCUAUCCCAUAGAAACCAUCUGCUGGCUGGCCGAACACAAGGUUUUGGAUGUGGGAAACAGGAAGGCCUGGAGCUACAUAAACUCCAUGUUCUGUGUGCUCGCUGUGCAGCUGAACCUCGUGAGGACACUAAGGACCUUCUCGCUGAACCGGGAAACGCUGAACCGCCAGUACGUGAUGUCCCUGGCCCGGGUUUCCCUCGAUCUCGUCCACGCCAUCAGUACUUUGCCCAGGGGUUGUUUAUGGGGCGGAAAGAUGUCAACCCUUCAAGUGGGGGCCAUUGGAACCCUCUCCGCUGGGAUCGGAAUCUAGCAGAUCCUGGCCAAAAGAAGACUGAACCAGUAGAAGACGCCAACUAAUCGAAUUUGUUGUAGAUAAUUAGUAUCGUACUUUUUGGUACGCUGAUGGGGCUUACCCAUGUUCAUAUAUGUAUGUGUAUGUUAGUUAUUAAGGUCUUUAAUAAAAUAUAAAUAUUUUAA